GUCAGAGGUUGCGCUUUUGGAAGUUUCUAGCAAUGAGAAUCAUGUGAGAUAUUAAAGUUUUGUACUUUUUCAAGUGUCUACAGAUAUAUCUGCAUUAGCUGUGUUCGGAAGAUCAGCGGCUCUUUAUUUAUCGAAUGAGUUUCUUCAGUAAAUGUAAAGAUGUUCGGCUGUUUAGUCGCUGGAAGACUGGUGCAAACGGAUGUGCAGCAGGUCGCUACUGAUAAGUUCGUGUUUAAUUUACCAGACUAUGAGAAUGUGAAUCAUGUGGUGGUGUUUAUGUUGGGUACAGUGCCCUUCCCGGCGGGCAUGGGUGGUGCUGUGUACUUCUCUUUUCCUGAUCCCUCUGUGGGACAGGUGUGGCAGCUGUUGGGCUUCAUCACCAAUGAGAAACCCAGUGCCAUAUUCAAGAUCUCUGGUCUGAAAGCUGGUGAAGGUGGAGCUCAUCCGUUUGGAAUGAUGGGGGUUCCUCAGGCUCCAUCAGUCGCUCAGGUCGGAGUUUCUGUGGAGGCUUUAGAUCUGCUCGCACAACAAACACCGGUAUCUAAUGCAACUGUUUCCACAGUGGACUCAUUUACACAGUUCACACAGAAGAUGUUGGAGAGCUUGUACAACUUCACGUCCUCGUUUGCCCUGUCACAAUCACAGAUGACACCAAACCCUUCAGAGAUGUACGUUCCUGCGAGCUCCAUCCUCAAAUGGUAUGAAAACUUUCAGAGGCGAAUGAUGCAGAACCCGAACUUCUGGAAGACUUGACAUGCUUCUCUUUUAUUUAACAGUUUGACACAUUUCCUCAUUCAGGAGCAUUUAAUCAUUCAUUUAAUCUUCAUUUUUAUCAUUGAUGAGGACUUUCAUUUGUACUUGAGAAUUGUGUUUGUCUAUAAACUUUGCUGAUUGUUCACUUGUUAUCUGAAGAUAAACUGCUGAACGCAAAAUAAACACAAUCUUUGACAUAUUUGAUGAAAAUACUGUAUAUUGAGUGCUAUUGUUUUUAUUUUUCCAAUCUACACUAAUGUGGUUUAAAAACACUGUCAGUGAGAAAUUCCCUCUCAGUAAUCCUCAUUCAUGUUCAACAUGUCUGACUGAUUUCGGAAAUACAAUAUUUCAUAUUUAAUAGUCUUGAGCGAUAGGAAUCCUGACAUCUUGCCAAAUGAGUUCUUGUUUAUAUCUACUGUGUGUGUUCAAAUAACGAUAAUACAGAAACAUUUCAAAUAAAAAGUUCUCAUUUAUGCACGUGUGUAUUUCCUAUAAUAACCGAUAAGUGAUGUCACCGCGUCGAGUGUCUUUAGAAACAGAUUUAUGGAAAUGAUCAUGUUAAAAAUAAAUCUUUAGCCUGUGUUAACUUCUUGUUACUGUAUGCUUGUAAACAAGUUUAAUUAUUAUUCACUUCAGUAGUAAUUUCAGUACUUGAAUGAUGUUUUAAUAUCAUUAAAUUGAAAUGUGUGAAGAUGCUUACGCUCAUCUGACGACUCUCUGAUGACGGUUAAUUCAUAUUCAAAUUAUCAAAUAAAUCAAAUAUAUGAAAUAUUCUGUCAUAUUAGUCACAACAACACUGGAAGAACGUUAGAGGACAAUGAUCUUUAGGGUUAUGACCAUUCACGUUUGUGUUGAAUAAAAAUAUUCUAUUACAGAAAUACAGCUGAUGGUUUAAUUCCUGGCAGAUAUUGAUCAUAUUUGGGUGUAAGUGUUUCAAUGAGAGACUUGUGAAGGUAAGAACAGUUACAGUGCCAUAGCACAAUGCCAGCAGUGGAGUCAUUCAGGUUCCUGGGCACUACCAUCUCACAGGACCUGAAGUGGGACACCCACAUUGACUCCAUUGUGAAAAAGGCCCAGCAGAGGUUGUACUUCCUUCACAGUUGAGUAAGAUCAACCUGCCACAGGUGCUGCUGAUCCAGUUUCACUCAGCAGUCAUUGAGUCAUCUGUUCUCAAUAACUGUCUGGUUUGGUGCAGCUAUGAAAUCGGACAUCAGAAGACUACAUUAGGACAGUCCGGACUGCUGAGAGGGUUAUUGGUUGCCCCACUCCAGGCUGGUAAAAUCACUCUGGACCCCCCUGACCCAGCCCAAUACCUUUCUGAACUGUUGCCCUCUGGACGACGAUACAGCACAGAACAAUCAGGCACAGGAACAGUUUUACCCCUCAGGUUAUCCAUGAACAGUUCAAACUGCCACAUUGAACAAUAAUCAUGUGCAAUUCACAGUUUAGUGUAUUUAUAUUUAUCCAACAUAUCCUCUUCUGCAUUACAUUCCCUUGUGCUGUAUAUAACAGAUUAGUAUUUUAAUUUGCACUACGUAUGUCUGUGUGUGUAUAUAUAUACUGUCUUAUUGUAUAUUCUAUAUAUUCUUUAUUUUCUAUUACAUUUUUAUUUCAUUCUGUUUGUAUUUUAUUUUUUUAUAUAUUUUUCUAUGAUCAUCUCUGUCUUGUUGUUGUAUUGUUUGUGCACUGGAAGCUUCUGUCACCAGGACAAAUUCCUCGUAUGUGUGAGAAUACUUAACAAUAAAGAUGAUUGUGAUUAAUCUAAUAUAUCCUACAGUCUGCAGGUCACAAACAACCAAUUAAAUAGUG